AAAAAAAUCUCUCGCCGUUCCUCCAUUUGCCAGCUAGAUCUCGUCCUCUGAUCUCAUCUAGGAUUGAAGGUUUGAGAAAUAUUGGUUUUUGAUCGGUAGGACGAUGUUGGGUGUCGCAAGAAGAAGGCUUGGAUGUGGGGGCUUUUCCUCUUCGAUGCUUGGGCAAACGCUGGAGAGAAUUCGACUUUCGAAUUCGAUUUUGCCUAGGAGCUUUGCAAGUGCCGCCAAAGAGAUCACUGUACGUGAUGCUUUAAACUCAGCACUUGAUGAGGAGAUGUCUGCUGACUCGAAGGUCAUCUUGAUGGGUGAAGAGGUUGGGGAGUAUCAAGGGGCAUAUAAGAUCUCCAAGGGUCUUCUUGACAAGUAUGGCCCAGAGAGGGUUAUUGAUACGCCCAUCACUGAGGCAGGAUUUACUGGUAUUGGGGUUGGUGCGGCUUAUUAUGGUCUUCGUCCUGUAAUUGAAUUCAUGACAUUCAACUUCUCCCUGCAGGCAAUUGAUCACAUCAUCAAUUCUGCUGCAAAGUCAAACUAUAUGUCCGCUGGCCAGAUAUCAGUGCCUAUUGUGUUCAGAGGUCCAAAUGGGGCUGCUGCUGGGGUUGGUGCUCAGCAUUCACAGUGUUUUGCGUCUUGGUAUGCAACUUGUCCUGGUUUGAAAGUGCUAUGCCCUUAUUCAGCAGAAGAUGCUCGGGGCUUGCUAAAAGCUGCUAUCAGGGAUCCUGAUCCUGUUGUUUUUCUUGAAAAUGAGCUUAUGUAUGGAGAAUCUUUUCCUGUUUCGGAUGAAGUUCUUGAUUCUAGUUUCUGUCUUCCAAUAGGAAAGGCAAAGAUUGAACGAGAAGGAAAAGAUGUGACCAUUACUGCCUUCUCAAAGAUGGUCGGCUAUGCUCUCAAGGCAGCAGAGAUACUCUCAAAGGAAGGAAUCAGUGCUGAGGUUAUAAACCUACGGUCAAUCAGGCCAUUAGACAGAGCAACAAUUAAUUCCUCUGUUCGGAAAACCAAUAGAUUGGUCACUGUUGAAGAAGGCUUCCCUCAGCACGGAGUCGGAGCUGAAAUCUGCACAUCUGUUGUCGAAGAAAGUUUUGAAUAUCUUGAUGCGCCAGUGGAGAGGAUCGCCGGAGCUGAUGUACCAAUGCCUUACGCCGCAAAUCUCGAGAGAAUGGCUGUACCUCAGGUCGAAGAUAUAGUGCGAGCAGCGAAACGGACAUGCUACCGCUCAGUUCCUAUGGCCGCAACAGCUUGAUUUACUUAUUCCUUUACGAUCGAUGACUUUCGGUAAAAGAAUGUCGUUCGCAAGCUGAUUUUGAUAAAUCUUGAUGCUUUGUAAUAUUCUUUCUUGUUUUGGGCAGUUCAAUGACUGCUUGUUCAAUUGUGUCCCAAUAAUGGCCAUGGGUCACUCAUUGAGUUUUUCUUUGCAGAAAUUGUUGACUUGUGCUUCUGUUUCAGAUCAUCCAAGUUUUCUUCAUAACACAAAUUUAAUUUUGUUUC